AUGGAAGAUCAGGAAUCGAGGUUCGUGUGCAAAUGGUGUAAUAAGAAGUACCCUUGCGGGAAAUCACUAGGAGGGCACAUGAGGUCUCAUAUCAUGGCAAUUUCAGCUGAAUCAGAGAUAAAGGAUGAGCCCAACAUGAAAAAGUUGCUGUCUUUGAAUGGCGGUGAAAAGAGUUUCGAUAGAGAGCCAAAGGUUGUUGAACUUGGAGGAGGGGGGCAUGCUGGUUCUGGUUAUGGACUUAGGGAGAAUCCAAAGAAAACAUUCAAGGCUGUUGAUGCUAACUUCCCUUUGCCUCAAGAGAAGGUCUGCAAGCAAUGUGGUAAAGGGUUUCAAUCUUUGAAAGCAUUAUGUGGACACAUGGCUUGUCACUCUGAUAAAGACAGGGGGGGUUUGAAAGAUGAUCAUUCAUGGACAAGUGAGAAUCAGAAGCUAGUGAUGGAUAGUCAUUCAGAUACUGAAGCUGAGGAGAGACAGCUGAGGAGUAGAUCGAAGAAUAAGAGGUACAAAAGAAUAAUUAUUAAGUCGUCUUCUUUUUCCUUGGCUAAUGGUUCAUCUUCUGUUUCUGAGAUUGAUGAGCAAGAACAAGAGGAAGUAGCUAUGUGUUUGAUGAUGUUGUCUAGGGAUUCUGGUAAUUGGGGUGGGGUGAAUUCAGUUGUCGAGUCUUCUGACAACAAUUCAGUUGUUUUGGAAACUAAAUCGUCUUCAAUUGAUAUGAGAAUUGGUAGAAUGGAAGGUUUGAAGUUUGUGCACAGUCCAGAGGAUGACACUCCUCAAACAAAGCCCAGGAGCUUAAAAAAAUCUAGCGGUUUGGAUGCUGAGCUUGUUUUUGAGCAGGAGAACUCUGAUUCUGGUUACUUUUUAGAGGAAGUUGUGAAGCUUGAAUCAGAUGCUUCUGUCGAUGGAUUUCACAGGAAGUGUGGUUUCUUCAAAAGCAGUAAGCCUAAAGCGAGUGUAGGAGCUCGGUGCGAGGAGACUCUUGCUGAAAUUAAGAGGGGCUUUAGCAAAAUAAAGAGUUAUAAAGCAGAACUAAGGAAGGAAAUGAGCAGGGAAAACGAACAUGAUUCUGGAGUAAUUUCAAAGAUGGGGAAGUACGAAGCAAGAAACAAAAGCAAGGAUAGUUCAGAUAAUCUUGAACUUGUGAAUGAAUCCCAUAGGAAGGCGAGACAUGGUUCUUCAGAUGCCGACCAAUCCAAAAAUGCGUACAAGCGGAGCAAAUAUGAGUGCUUAAACUGUAAGAAGACUUUCAAAUCAUAUCAGGCCCUUGGGGGACAUCGACCCUGCCACAAAAGAAGUAAUGCCUACCUCGAGUCAAGAUAUGAAACUGGUGAGAACAGCUUAGAUGGUGACGAUACUCCAAAUGAUAUACCAAGUACAAAGCUCAGAGAAUCUUCCAGCAAUAGGAAUGCAAGUGCUAAAAAUUUAUAUCACAAUGCUGAGAAAAAAGUUAAAUCCAAGAAAACCAAAGGGCUUGAGUGCCCCUUCUGUCACAGAAUUUUUAAAAAUGGCCAAGCUCUGGGUGGCCACAAGAGGUCACAUUUUAUUGGUGGUGGUAGUGCAGUUGUGGAACGUAGUACUCAAACACCAACAUUCAAGACAGAUGGCCCUGAAUUACUUGAUCUUAAUCUUCCUGCGCCGCUAGAGGAUGAGAAUGAUGGCCAGUUCAUAUCCUGGUAG